UUUUCUUUUUCUUUAUGAGUUAUCAUUAUCAAUCUAUUAAUGAAUCAAUCACAAGUGAUGGCUAUGAAACAAAGACUUCAAUCAUCAUUCAUGAAAUAUCAGAGGCAGAAGCAUCCAGUUUGUGUGUAGAGGAAAGAUCUCAAUAUGAAAUUUUGGAUGAGGAUCAGUUGACUGAAUACGACUUUUUGGCACUCGAAGAAGAGGAUGAGACUGAAAGCGAAUCCGAUAUAGAAUAUCAUUGGUUUCCAUCACUCAUGAGGAACUCGUUCAUUGAGUUCUUGAGUGACAACGACGACGAGAGUUUGGUAUCAGACGAUGCUAGUGAAGCCAUUGUUGAAGAAGAAAAAGAUGAUGAUUUAGAUGAAAACAUGUACAUAGCAAGCCAUGGUAAACGAUCUCCUCGUUAUAGAUAUCAACAAAACAAGAGGAUAAAAAGAGAUCAGGUUCCGGUAGAAGUGAUUCAUAUUGUUCUUUAAAUUAUGCACUUUUUUAAAAAAAGAAAUAAAUGAUUAAAACUACGCCUUUAACUGUCCUUUUCAGCCACCCCUUUUCUU